AGAAAAACAAAGGCAAAAGAGUAAACUUCAGUCUCAUCUUCUCCGCUCUCCCUCCCACUCACGCAAACCACCCGCCUCACACCCCUCUCCUUCCCGCUUUAUUUCUGCUUCCCGGCGCCCGUCAGGCUCCAGCCCCUCAUGUGGUUAGAUCUCCGGCUUCUUCAUCUCGACGCGCCGUCCUCAUUCCUACAGGCGCGACUUCUCACUCUGUCGUGUGAUCGACGACGAGUUGCAGCAUUUCUCACAGCAACACCAGAUUUCUACCUCCGGUGAACUCCUUCAGCAACGAAUUUGAACCCAGAUUCUCGUCUGUAGCUUCACGAUCCACAAUCCCGGCGAAGACGCCCACUGGAUUUGUGGCCCACAAUCCGUGUGAUUAGCGAUCUCUUUCACCGUAGGCUGUAAUGUUUGAAUUUCUGGUUUCGACCUCCUUUGAACUCUGAACACCGCGUAUUCGAGGUCGUUUGCUGCUGAUCACUUCAAGCCUGUUCAAACACUUCUGAUUGCUUUCCAGCAAAGACUCAAGCUUUUCGGUGCGUCUUAGUGGGUGCUUAAAAUCUGCACGCGCUUGAUGGUGAAGUGGAGGCAUGACAAGAAAAGAGAACAUUAGCUAGUCAUCUACUUUCCCUAUCCCCAACUCAGGGCUUCCUUCCAUCCGAUUGCUCCCUUCCCCUCUCUGGGGAAUUUCUCCUCUUUCCUCCUUCUACUAAGACUUUUCCAUCUCUCUUCUUCUUUCCUGCUUUUGCAUGGUUCUAAACAAUUCUCUACCUACCUCCGAGAUCUAUCCUUGGAUUCACUAGAAAUGACCUCCGCCGAGGCUUCAAUCAAGCCCAAUUCUGCAUCCGCUUUCAAGAACCAUGCUGAUUCUACCAAAGCCCCCUCUGAUCCACCCAACGCGCUCUCUGCCAAGGAUGCUGAUAUCGCCCUCUACACCGAGCUUUGGAAUGCUUGUGCUGGUCCUCUUGUUUCUGUCCCUCGUGAAAACGAGCGUGUCUUCUACUUCCCUCAGGGCCACAUUGAACAGGUGGAAGCAUCAACUAAUCAAGUGCCGGACCAACAGAUGCCUGUUUAUGACCUUCCAUCCAAAAUCCUCUGCCGCAUUAUUAAUGUGUGCUUAAAGGCAGAGGCGGACACUGAUGAGGUAUUUGCACAAAUAACUUUGCUUCCAGAGGCUAAUCAAGAUGAGGAUUCUGUGGACAAGGAACCACCUCCUCCUCCUCCACGAAGAUUUCAUGUGCAUUCUUUUUGCAAGACUCUGACUGCAUCUGACACCAGUACUCAUGGGGGGUUUUCAGUCUUGAGGCGCCAUGCUGAUGAAUGUCUUCCUCCUCUGGACAUGUCACAACAGCCUCCUACUCAGGAGUUAGUUGCAAAGGAUUUGCUUGGAAAUGAAUGGCGUUUUCGUCAUAUAUUUCGAGGACAACCACGAAGGCAUUUGCUUCAGAGUGGUUGGAGUGUUUUCGUGAGCUCAAAAAGACUGGUUGCAGGAGAUGCUUUUAUAUUCUUGAGGGGAGAGAAUAGAGAACUUCGCGUUGGUGUUAGGCGUGCCAUGAGACAACAUGGCAAUGUCCCCUCAUCGGUCAUAUCUAGCCAUAGUAUGCAUCUUGGUGUGCUUGCAACUGCUUGGCAUGCCAUUUCCACAGGCACAAUGUUCACUGUGUACUAUAAGCCUAGGACAAGCCCUUCUGAAUUUGUUGUUCCAUAUGACCAGUAUAUGGAGUCUAUUAAGAAGAGCUACACCAUAGGGACGAGGUUCAAAAUGAGAUUUGAAGGUGAAGAAGCUCCUGAACAGAGAUUCACGGGUACUGUCAUUGGAUGUGAAGAUGCUGAUCCCAAAAGGUGGAAAGAUUCCAAGUGGAGAUGCCUGAAGGUGAGGUGGGAUGAGACAUCUACUAUUUCUCGUCCGGAGAAAGUCUCUCCUUGGAAAAUUGAGCCUGCUCUUGCUCCUCCAGCACUGAACCCCCUUCCGAUGACUAGACCUAAAAGGCAUCGAUCAAACAUGGUGCCUACAUCCCCUGAUUCCUCGGUUCUUACACGAGAGGGCCCAUCAAGAAUGAUUAUAGACCAUUCACCAGCCAGUGCAUUUACAAGGGUCUUGCAAGGUCAAGAAUUCUCGACUUUGAGAGGGAAUUUAAUUGAUGGCAACGAGUCUGAUACUGCUGAAAAAUCUGUUAUGUGGUCUCCAUCACUAGAUGAUGAGAAGAUUGAUGUGGUUUCUACGUCUAAGAAACAUGGAGCAGAUAGUUGGAUGCCUGCAGGAAGUGGUGAGCCAACCUACGCAGAUCUUCUGUCAGGUUUUGGAGCUAAUAUUGAUUCAUCCUGUGGUGUCCGAGCUACCUUGGGAGAUCCAGCAAUAGUAACUGCUAAUUCAAUCAGAAAGCAUGCAGUGUAUCAAGAUGGAAAGUUUAACUUCCUUGGUGGUGGUAGCUCAUGGUCUGUCUUGCCUUCUGGUCUUUCACUUAACCUGGUCGACUCUAGUCAGAAGGCUCAUAUUCAGGCUGGUGACUUGCCUUAUCAAAUGAGAGGAAAUGCCACCUUUAAUGGCGUUGGUGAUCAUUCUAUGGCUCAAUGUUAUAGAAUUGAUCAUUCUAUGGCCCAUUGUUCUAGAAUUGAACAGCCUAAUGGAAACUGGUCGAUGCCUCCACCUUCAUCUCAUUUUGAUUAUCCAGUUCAUUCAACUGAACUGACUUCGAAACCUAUGCUAUUUCAGAACCAAGAUAUUUUGAAUCUCAAAGAUGGAAAUUGUAAGCUUUUUGGCAUCUCACUCGUAAAAAAUCCUGCUAUUUCAGACCCUGCAGAAUUGCAUAGAAAUGUGAUGAACGAGGCAGAUGUUAUACAUGCUAAUAGACAUCCGAUCCAUUUGCAUGAGUCUGAACUAUCUAGGGGUUCAAAUUUGGCUGAUAAAUCCCUUGCCAUCAACGUGGCUGAUAAGUUGCAGCACGCAUGCACACCAAACUUGAAGGAUUCUCAGAGCAAAUCACAGGGUUCUUCAACAAGGAGCUGUACAAAGGUCCACAAGCAGGGGAUUGCACUUGGAAGGUCAGUUGAUCUUAGCAAGUUCAACAAUUAUGAUGAAUUGAUUGCUGAAUUGGACCAAUUGUUUGAAUUUGGUGGCGAGCUUCUGCCUCCCAAAAAGAGUUGGCUUGUUGUAUAUACGGAUGAUGAAGGCGAUAUGAUGCUUGUUGGAGAUGAUCCCUGGCAGGAGUUUUGUGGUAUGGUUCGGAAGAUUUUUAUCUACAGAAGAGAAGAGGUCCAGAAGAUGAAUCCAAGAUCCUUAACACUGAAAGGUGAUGAGAAUCCAUCUGUUGAAGGGGAAGAAGCAAAAGAGAUUAAAAGUCCGGCAGUACCUUCAAUGUCAGCACCAGAGAGUUAGGUCUUUUGCUUUGGUCAGUCAGGUAUAGGUGAGACCCGAAACAUUGAUGUGAAUGUGACGAAUGUGUUAUAUAUUAUAUUUGUCCUCAUUACUUCGCCUAUGCUGCACCGUCUGACAUGGUUAGAAUUGAAAAACCAAUAUUGUGUUGAGGCAGGGUUUUGGUGCGGUGCAAAAGGAUUCGAACAGAGUAAUGGAACGAGGCUGGAAGGUUGCGCCCUUAUGUUAUAGGUAGAUGGUAGAAAUGAUGUAAUUGAAUUUUGGAUAUGUGAAGUUAGUAGUGGGUACAGUCCACUCUUAUACGUAAAAUAUGUAUAGUCCUUGUGUCGUAGGAUGAUGGGGCCGGCUUGAGUUUCCAAAUUCCACCUUAUAUAUAUAGGCUCUUGGAACUCAAGGAAUGAGUGAAUCUAAGUUCAAUUGGAUGCGUUUACUAGUAGUGGGCGUGUGUCAGCCGGGGGGACCUGCAAGAAAACGUCGAUGUUUCAGAGUAUUUGCUGCCUUUUAUGCGAUGCCAGUGGCAAGACAGAAUAAGAGUACUCGCUCACACCAGUGGAAAAUAAUGUAUAGAGGGCUGCUGAGCUAAUGAGAGACGAAAAUAGCAUUGUAAUAUAACAUUGAAGAUGCUACUGGAUUCUGCUUCAGUAACCCAAACCAAGUCGCUACUUGAAAGCGAAGGGUCGGUCGCAUGUAAAUAUCUCAAAUAAAUCAAAUCGAAGUAUGUUGAAUGCAUGUAA